UUCAUGUUCUUAUAAGUCACGUCAUUCGGUAUGACAGUAGCUGAGACGAUGAGGGAUCGGGCUCUGGCUGUCGAAUACUAGACGAGAAGGAGUUGACGCGUCACGACUACGAAGAAUCUUCCAUGAUGGCUUCAUCAUACCCCACACUAUGUUUUCAUGGUUUCUGUUCCUUCGAACAUUUCUCAGCCGAGGCUUUUCGCGCUGUUACCCAAUAUCCUGCCCUCGGCGAGGCGCUUAAGCUUCUGCAGUGAAUACCCCCCUUUUCCCAAGCGUUCUUUUCUCUUUGCCUCGAUCGCUCUCGUCUGCGUUGAUCGUCCAUCACCUGUUAUCGGAUGGCUGGAAUGCAGCGCGACUUGUACGCGUCGAUGGCUAUCACUUCUAUUCUUCUCUUUCUCGGUUGAUCGGCAAGCGUUCGCCGGUUGCGUCAAAACGCUGGCUGGUGCCCGAGUUUUCGCUUUGCAUUCCCUUCCCUUGUACGUUCAUGUGUCGUCGCGACCAGUGCGUGCAUCGGGACAGCAUGCUCGAUACCGCGACUUUGUUCGACUGUGGCCUGCCCGCAGCUUUAUGCAUGGCGGCCCUGUCUCAUACCUUGUUUUCCCUUGUCUUUUCUACCUGAACAUGGUUCGCCCCGUAAGAGUGUUAAAGCUUAACUUGUAAGGGGAGCCCCACCGGGGAGUAUGUCUGGAAAUGGGCUGGGUGUGUAGGUAGAUCAAUUAAACCAAAAUAAAAAAACCAAAAAACCUCAACCUUGGUUGCG